AUGAUCCCCAAGGAGCAGAAGGAGCCAGUGAUGGCUGUCACGGGAGAUCUUGCUGAACCAGUCCCUUCGCUGGACCUGGGGAAGAAAUUGAGUGUGCCUCAGGAUCUGAUGAUAGAGGAGCUGUCUCUCCGCAACAACCCGGGAUCCCUCCUCUUUCAGAAGAGGCAGCGCCGGGUGCAGAAGUUUACCUUUGAGCUUUCAGAAAGUUUGCAGGCUCUCCUGGCGGGAAGUGUCCGAGGGAAAGGGACUGGCAGAGCGGCACAGGAGAAGAUUCCCAAUGGCCCGGAGGAACAGAACCAUGGCUCCGAGCUUCACGUGUUCCAGGGGGCGCCGGGGGACCCCAGGAUUGCCCACCCGGGAGUGGCUGGGGCUGAGUCGGCCCGUAGUCCAAGCGCCCUGGCACCAGUCCGCGACUAUCGCAACUUCAACAAGACCCCAGUGCCAUUCGGAGGACCCUAUGUCGGGGAGACCAUUUUCCAAGCAGGCACCCCCUUUGUCCCAGAGCCCUUCAGUGGCUUGGAACUUCUCCGCCUCAGACCCAGUUUCAACAGAGUUGCUCAGGGCUGGGUGCGGAAGCUCCCUGAAUCUGAGGAGCUGUAGCCUCAACCUGAAGCUCCAGUUUCUGGGCUCCGGGCUCAAGAAACAUGUUUGUCUCUACUCUGCUUAUUUGCUUUUCCUUCUUCUUUCUUUUCUUCUCCCUCCCCUUCCUCUCUCUGAGACAGGAUCUUGCCUACAGGCUGAUCGCCCUGGAACUUAGUAUUAGUCCAGGCUGGUCUUGCCUCAGCUUCCCAAAAAACAGGGUUACAAAGUGAGCAUGCCAGGCUGACUUCAUUCACACACUUAACAUUACUAAGUUCAAAGGUC